UUAUCAUAACAAAAUAUAAGUCCAUCUUCAUCCUUCAGGGCCCCAUCUACCGCUGGAUUAAGAUGGAUAAAGGCGUAAACAUAUGUUAAAAUCUGAAAAAUAAUAUAGAAGUACAGAUAGCUUGCAAUAUUUUAUUAUUAUUUUGUUCAUUGAGGAGUUUUAUCAUUAAGGUUGGUGGUUGAGUCAUUUGCUUUUCUAUCGUCUUCUUUUUCUUUUCACUUGAAGAUUACAGAUUGAUCAUCUGGGUCUUUGAUCAACGAUAUUGGCUUGAAUUUUGGGUUCAGGUCCUUGGAUUUUAGUUUCAGAUUUCAUGCUAUAACAUUCAAUCUAAAUACUGAGGUACGAAUGGGGUCUGAAGGGCCUCCUGCUGUGACAAUCCACGUAACUGGAUUUAAGAAAUUCCAUGGAGUUUCAGAGAAUCCAACUGAGACUAUUGUAAGUAAUCUCAAUGAGUACAUGAAGAAGAAGGGUUUGCCAAAAGGUUUGAUAUUGGGGAGCUGUAGUGUUCUAGAAACUGCUGGACAAGGAGCAGUCAUACCCCUGUACCAAACAUUUCAAUCUGCCAUAAACACAAAGGAUUCUGAAUCUUCAACUUCUGGGAGAAUUAUUUGGCUACACUUUGGGGUUAAUAGUGGAGCGGCAAGAUUUGCCAUUGAGCACCAAGCUGUCAAUGAAGCUACUUUUCGGUGUCCUGAUGAGAUGGGAUGGAAACCACAGAAAGUACCCAUUAUUCUUUCUGACGGUGGAAUUUCACGAGUACGAGAGACAACUCUUCCUGUUGAUGAUAUUACAAAGGCCUUGGUAAAGAAAGGUUAUGACGUGACGACCUCUGAUGAUGCUGGUCGGUUCGUCUGCAAUUAUGUUUACUACCACUCACUCCGCUUUGCAGAGCAAAAUGGGAUACAGUCACUCUUUGUUCAUGUACCUCUCUUCUUGACCAUAAAUGAGGAGACCCAAAUGCAAUUUGCUGCUUCCUUGUUGGAGGUACUUGCUUCUUUAUACUAGUACUCCAUUGGCAUCCAUUUACGUAUUUAUGUCGCAGAGCUUAUAAACUUGUACUGUUGUCGACCAUGUUUGCGAAAGUGGAUGGAUGCUUGUAUCGAAAUGCUUCAAUAAACAGAUGAGUGUAUUUGAAUGAAAGAAAAAUGUGCUUGUGGUGGAUAUUGCUUCUUCUGGACCUCCCUUGGCCAUUUAUCAGAAGGUUUUGGCCAACCAUUAAAAGGUUCUUGAAAGCUUCUGUUAAUAUGUGAAUAAGAUAUCAGUUUGCUAUGGCCUUUACUGCA